AUGGAAGGUAAAGUGGAAAAGGUUCAGCGGAAUGAACCUUUGAAUAAAAUAGAGAAUAAAAAUAGUAGCAAUACUAUUCGAUACAUAUCGUUUAAUGUCAACGGUGCUAAAACUUUAUUCAACUAUCACCCUUGGAAUCAGUUCCAACAGAAUUAUGAUCUCUUUUUUAGUCUGUUGCAAGGGGAUGUAAUAUCACUUCAAGAGUUGAAACUCUCACCAAAUAAUAUAUCAAGCGUUAAUAUUGGAAACCUAAGUAAAUUUAAGUCAUAUAUUUCGCUUCCAAAAACUAAAAAAGGCUAUAGUGGAGUUGGAUUGUUUGUACGAAUUCCAGAACCAGAAGAACCGGAAUUACUUAGGCACAAUUUGACCGUCAUAAAGGCAGAAGAGGGUCUUACAGGUUUCUUAAAUUCCGCUGAUUACCCACAAUUGCGAUACAGAGAGCUAGACAAAGAGUUACUGAUAGGAGGGUAUCCCGAAGAUAUUGAAGAAACCAAAGCAUUAAAACUAGAUAGUGAGGGUAGAUGCGUUUGUAUUGAGCUUGCUUGUAAUGUUGUGGUAUUUUCAUUGUAUUGUCCAGCAAAUUCAGUUGGCUCUGAAGAGGGCGAAUCGUAUCGACUUGAAUUCUUAAAAAUUUUACUUGAUAGAUGCUAUUAUCUAAAGCAUGCUAUGGGAAAAGAUGUUAUUAUAAUAGGUGAUAUUAAUGUGAGUCUUGACUUAAUAGAUCAUGCUGAUACAAUCAACGAGAAAGUGAAGCAAAGGUUAGUAAAACCCGUACGUAAUGGGGAGGGAAAUAAUGGUAUGGAAUUUGAAGAGAUCAACCACCAAGAAUGCUUAGACUUCAAAGCUUCAACGCCUGCCAGAAAAUUGCUUAAUUCGUAUACAAUCUCCACAUUAGAUCCAUCUCCUGUCAAUCGGUCAGAGCUUCAGUUUCUCUAUGAUACAACAAGGUAUGCACAAGGAAGAAGGAUGGGGAUGUAUACAGUUUGGAACACAUUAACUGGAGCCCGGCAAUCAAAUUAUGGGUCAAGGAUUGAUUUAAUCUUAACAAGCUCUGAUAUCUUAUUGAAAAGCAUUUCAAAGGCCAAUAUUUGGCCAUAUAUAAUGGGUUCUGAUCAUUGUCCGACCUUUACUGAUUUUGACAUUACAGACUCGAAACCUUUAGAAAUAGAAACACCAAUUAAACUUAAAUUUGAAGCCAGACUAUUUUAUAAAUUAGUCAAACACCGUGAUAUUUCUCAAAUGUUUAGCGUUAGUCAGUCGAAAAAUAAAAGAUUAGAAACUGAUAGUGACUCUUCAUCAAAAAAGAGGAAGUUAGAAUAUGUGACUAGAAAAACAACACCGACUCCUAAAAAUCAGCAAACAUCAAUAGGAAACUUUUUCUUUAAGGAGAAUAUGACUUCAUCUAAUUUAGAAAAUGAUCCUGCCUCACAAUCUGAGACUAAGCCUGUUGAUAAACCUAUAAAGGAGUCUACAAAUAUGAAACCUACAUCGAUAAUAUCGAUAUCAAACUUAAUUCACGGCGAAGCUCCUAAAUGCUAUCAUGGUGAUAUGUGCAAGUUGAAAACAAGUUUGCUGAACACCAAAACUCGAGGAAAGAAGUUCUGGUGCUGUCCAAGAAAUACUUUUGCUGACGCUGGAAAUGAUAAUGGUUCUAAAAUAGGAGAACACCAAUGUUCAUUUUUUAAAUGGGUUAAAUAA